UCAAAAAUAAAUCGUCAAACUACAAUUUAUGUAUUCGUUUUUAUCACACCAAUACAACUUCUUCUUAAUUAAACAACAUUUAUUGUUCGUUUGAUAUUCCGUUUUCAUUUUCAUAUUUAAAUUGUUUCGCUUGCGACCAAAACAAAAUGAAUAAAUAAAUUAUAAAUUCAAACCGUUUUCCAAUAAAACAGUUAACAACACAUUGAUGUGAACGGAGGGGCAGAGACAAGAAAAAGCAUCAGACUAGAACAAUAAGAAAAGUAUCGACACAUAAACACACUCACGAAUACGAAAAGAAAAAGAAAACAUAAACAUAAUUUGUAUUUAAACAAUAAGCAAAGAUAAAGAUCGAUUGUUUCACGCCGAACAACUCACAUGAUAGCAACAACCAAAUUUUGGACAAGAACCAGAAAGACAACUUAAAGGGAACCACGAGUUUUGCGACUAAAAUUCACGCAUCUCACUCAACCACUGGCAUAUGACUGCUAUCGACUCGGGACGAAUUUCCAUAAAAUGAUUAUUGACAUCGGAAGGAGACAAAAGCGAAGAUGACAGCUUAAGUGAAUUGCUUCAAAAAAAUAAUAAUAACAAAAACAACAGCAACAAAAACACAGAAACGUCAAGACAAGCUAGCGAACGUGCGACCACAACACACACUAGGCACAAAGCAAAAUCAAAAUGAAACGAAACAAAAUUUGAAAAUAGGGACACAAAUAUCUCUCUCACACUCUACCUAUCUCUAUCUUGCGAACGCAAACGCUACGACGACGGAAACGCAAACAUCAUUUCGGCGUUUGGUUUGUCACUAAUUUUAGAUAUUCCUGGCGAGCGACAGAAACGGCGAACAAGAAAAAUAAAAGGCGACCUGCAACGAUAGAGUCAUCAUUCAUCAAGUGUAUUGUUUACGUUAUCAUUGCUUCGACAAUAGGGUAAUCGUAAUCGACACCGCAACCAUUCACAUUAUUAACGUAGCGUCAUCGUUGGCGUGUGGUAACUGACACAACAGACAGAGAGCAUUCGAGCAGUAGCAGCAACAGCAACCGUAUAGCAGCUCGAAAAAUAUUGUGUGGCAACAAAUUUUUCUAUGAGAAUAUCGUCAUGGACCCCAAUGCCAGAACAGACAAUGGCAUUAAUGUAACAGAUUUCGUCAACCGUACCACACAGAUCACUUCCAUAAGCGCUGAUUUUAUCACACAAUGGAAAUUGAAAAAGAAACAGGAGCGCAUUUGCAAGAAACUUUACAAUCGACUUCUCGAAUAUCCGGAAUGUCAACGAGUAUUAGGACUGCCAGUCUAUCGACCUUUGUUCGAUGGUAACGAUUUAUGGACAAACAACGAUAGUUUAAUUGACUGGAGUUAUAUAAAUGGUACAAUACAUGCAACAAUCGAAGCCAACCGAACUGCAACCAAUAUCCUAGCGAAUGAAAUCAAACCGGUGCUGCCAGCACUUGAAUUAUGGCAAUCAAUCAUGGUUGCGCUCAUCAUAGCAAUUUGUAUGAUACUCACGAUCGGUGGCAAUAUUUUAGUUUUAUUAGCAUUCAUUGUGGAUCGAAGUAUCAGGCAGCCCAGUAAUUACUUUAUAGCAUCACUUGCGGCAACUGACAUGCUCAUAGGAACGGUUUCAAUGCCAUUUUUUACGGUGUAUGUACUGCGAAGAUAUUGGGAUCUGGGACCGCUGCUGUGUGACCUGUGGCUGUCUGUUGAUUUUACUGUAUGCCUCGUAUCACAAUACACGGUUCUACUGAUAACAAUCGAUCGAUUUUGUUCCGUCAAAAUAGCUGCUAAAUAUCGCAGUUGGCGAACGCAGAAAAAAGUACUGUGGAUGGUAUCGAUCACAUGGGUCAUUCCGGCUUGCUUAUUCUUUACAUCAAUCUUUGGAUGGGAGCACUUUAUCGGCUAUCGUGAUUUGCUGCCUGGCGAAUGUACCGUCCAAUUUCUAAAGGAUCCUGUAUUCAAUACGGCACUGAUCAUUGGCUACUACUGGACAACAUUAAUUGUACUGUUUGUGCUGUACGGUGGUAUCUACAAGACGGCAUACGAUAUGCAGAAGCGUAGUGAGGCGAAACAGCGAAAGAUGCAAUCAAUGGUUGCCUUGUCGGCUGGUGCAAUGACGGGGAUGGCAGGACGAGCGGCCGGCAUUGGAAUAUCAAAAGAUCAAAGUACACUGCUGAGCCAAGAUACUCAAAUAAAAAAAGUGACUGCCGCUGUGACCCCAUCAUCAUUGCCACCAUCAAAUGUAACGUCAUCAUCAUCAUCAAAUCAAAUAAAUGAGGCAACGACCAGAAAGACUUCGGUACCAAAGCAUAAAUCCGAAAAUGUAGAUAAUAAGCGGCCAAAGGCGAAGAAGGAGCUCAGUGAAGGUGAUAAGAGUGAACGAUCGAGUAGUCCAGCCUUUGAUUCCGAUGACGAUAGCACUGUUCCAAGCGCACAACAAGAAACCCAACAGCAGAAACAGAUUAAAAAACGCACUUCAUUGGCCGGUCUAUUUGUGCAGGCACAAGCACCCGUAUUUGCGGCUCGAUCGAAUGGUACCGUCAAAACGGUCACCAAAAAAGAUCAAUCGAUCCAGGUGAAAAAAUCGCCCGGUUCCCGAAUGGAGGCAAUGCCAAAAAUAACCGAAGCCAGCCUGUUAGACUCAGACAAUAUUAGUAGCGAAGCGUCUAAACAGCAAAUGGUACCGUUGCUACCAACGCCGGUUCAAUCGCCGAUAUCACCAAAAGAUAUCGAACCACCACAAGCGCCCGUCGAACAAGCUCAGAUAAAACUUUCGCACGAAAUACUACCGCCACCCGAUGAUUUCCAAGGCAGCCCAAACGCCACGUCAAAGAGCCCGUCAAUCAAAUCGGAUCGACCCAGUAGCCUUGUAGUGAGCAGCCAAAGCGAGCUAACCAUGACAUAUGACAUUUUAGGCGGUAUGGACGGUGCCGAUUUACGAUUCAUGGAUGAAAGUUCCGUGGUUGUAUCGUCGCCACAAAAUGAGAGUCCACCAACAACGAUCAUAUUGCCGCCGAAAAAUGUGUCGCCAGCCAAAGGUCAGAAUAUCGCAAAUCCAUCACUAUUACAAAAGGCACUGAUCAAAGCGACCGCUCAAUCACAGCAACCAUCACCAACCGUUUUACUGAAAACCUCGGACGAAUAUCACUCCUCCAUAGCCGUAUCAUCAACGGAAACCUUCAACAAAUACAAUACCACGGUAAAUGUAAGUGAAAAAACUGACCGCCCGGUAACAACGAUUGUUAAUGCGAUUAACACACAAAAAUCGAAUUUGGACGAAACGGCCGAACAACGGCGAAACACAGUCGUCAGUGGCGUCACCGUUGCCACCGUUGCAACCGUUGCCAUUGACGAGCGCCUAAUCUCCAGCACCGACACCAACAGCAUCUGUUCGAAAACAACCAUUCUGGCACAAACAUCAAACGCACCAACGACUCUAGCCACAGCAACAACGACAACAAUCGAUUUGACAGGCAAAAAUCAAAAUAUCACAUCAAUCACACCGGCCGCAUCGAGCACAUCACAACCGGCAUCAUCGACUGACAAAGCGUCUAGCAAACGAGAUUUUAUUCGAUCGAUUGGCAAACGAUUGAAAGGUCGCAAAAAGAUUCCAUUGAUGGGCGGUCGGCCAAAAUCAAAGUCUGAAAAUCGGGCACGUAAAGCAUUCCGAACGAUUUCAUUUAUUUUAGGUGCAUUUGUUGCGUGCUGGACACCAUAUCAUGUGCUAGCAUUGGUCGAAGGAUUUUGCUCGGAUCCACCGUGCACCAAUGUGCAUCUAUAUAUGUUUUCAUACUUUUUAUGUUAUGCAAAUAGUCCAAUGAAUCCGUUCUGUUAUGCACUGGCCAAUCAACAGUUUAAGAAAACAUUUAUGCGUAUCUUGAAAGGUGAUUUACACAUGACGUAAACGUGUAAAGUGAAAUAGAGGGCGAUGAGACAAAUGAACGCUGCACGAAAUUUCUUACAUAAACACGAAUGAGCGCGCGUGCUCUCUUUCAAUUUCGCAUACCAACAUCAGAACAUGAACAUAAAAGUUUAUCGCUUGCUUCAUGUGACUUUUUGGCUUAAAAACCUUUCUUUUUCUACCCUCACUCCGUGUUGAUCUUGUCAAAAUAUUUUGCCGAAAUGAUUAUCAAAGGGAAAAAGUUGAAGUGCAUACACCGACAGAGGGAAAAGUAAAAAAAAGGCGCGAUAAGAUAGCGAUGAAAUUUUUGUUUCUUCUCAUUGAUGGGGAAUGUUCAAAAUGUUUCAGUUAAAUCGAAAAGUGCGGAACAUAAAACGGCAAUACACUUGAAAUCGAUAUCCAAAACAAAAUAAAGAAAAAAAAACAAUCUUAGACGGUCCACGCUACUUAGACAUUUAGGGUUAAAAUAGUAAACAAUUUUGAUUCGAGCAAAGAAAAAUUAGUUAUCGAUGAACUGACGAUACGAAGAGGUAGACGUAAAAAAAAGAAUAGGUUGAAGAGAACAAAUGAUGGGAGUGAAGAACAUAUCAAUUUCGAUUGAGUCAAAAUUGAAACAAACGGAUUGAGAUUUUGUGUAUUGAUCUUAUGAUUAAAAAAACAAUAAAAAAAAUUACAUAACAAACAGCAAAGAAACUCAUUACAAAAAUGGGAGAGAAAAAAAGUUAUGAAAACGUAAAUUUAAUGCCAAUAACAACAAUACCGCAGAAACAAAAGCGUAAAAACGGGAGAAGAAGAAGAUAAACCGACAUAGCAUUUCGUUAAAAUGAUAAAUAAACGCAGCUUAAUUAAGAGUGAAAAUGUCGACAUGAAUAUCCUUUUGUCGCAUCAAAUACGAUAAUUCGAUGUAAUCCAUUGCAUAACACUGUUGUUGUACACUCAUUUGCAUUGGUGUGAAUAUUAUAAUGCCCGCUAUGAUUUGAAUGACAGUUUUAUGUUAUGGCUGCAUGAAUGUGUGUCAGUGAAACUAGAGUCUAAUUCGUGUAAAUUCCAAUGCAGAUGCUUUUGCAAUUAACGCGAAGUGUGGAGAAGAAAAAAAAAACACACACACACACACACAUCGUACGCAUACAUACAUGCAAACACAUAUAUGUUCGUGUGUGGACGGACACGAUGACGAUGACGAUGGCAACAGCAAAACAAAUGUAAUGAAUGAAAUGUGUGACAUGCAACACACCUAAUUUAUAGAUGUGAAAAAAGGCAUGCAAAACUUUUAAUAGACAAUAAUAUUUGUUAAAUAUAUCGAAUUAAAAUUCAAAACAAAAAAACGUAUUUUGUAAAUAAAUAUUUCUAGUCCAUGAGAUAUCAACUGAAGACAAGAACAAAAUUUGAAGUAAAACAAAACUAAAAAAAAACACACACACACAGACACACAAACCAAUAUGUUGAAUGAUAACAAUAAUUUAGGGGUUAGUUAAUUUUUUUUAGAUUCUAAGUGAAUAUUUAGCAAAAUUCAUAAUGUUUGGUGUUCAUAUGUUUUGAACGGACAUGAACGGAGUUUGAUUUAAGUAACUAAGAGGAAAAAAAACAGUUAGGAAUGUAUGUAAUAGAUAAAGAAAAAAAAAAUAAUACAAAAAUUGUGUGUGUUAAAAUACAGAACGACAUGGAAUCCUUAGCGAAUUGUGAUUACUUUUCAGAUAAAAAUUUUAUGGAAUGAAUGAACAAAAAAAAAACAAAUGAAAAUGUCUAUCUCAUUUCGCUAACGAUUCUCGAUGUCAUAAACUGAAAUGUAUUGUUAAUCCCGAUUUGGAUGUAAACCAAUCGUUUUCACAACAUUUCAGCACAACAUUUAUCUUGGAUGAUAUGCAUUUGCUGAAGGUAAACAAGGAUCCUCCCAGUUUCCAUGCCUUUUACCUUCCAUCAAGUGUGUCCAUUAAGCGAUUCAAUUCGAACUAAAAGUUUCAACUAUCCAAAUUCGAUGGCACUUUUAAUUCAAAUUGAAUCGAACCAAUUGUAAAAACUAUUAACGUGCAGUAGCUUACGCUCGAGUAUGGUUUAAAAUUCUUUACGAUACAUGUCGCCAGUGGAUAUUUGGAACAUUUAUUGUUCUCCAUCUGUUUGUUGUUUUCCUUUUUCGACAACAUUUCACAAUUAAUAUAACGACAAGGCUAAAUAGCAUGGGAAAAAAGAGACGAUUUUUUUUUAAAUAAUUGCAUACACUGCAUGAAUUAAACACCACUCAAUGCAUCAACACCAGCUUUUACGCAUUAUUAAUUAAGUGGAUUUGAUUGAUAACAUUUACAAUCCCCAUUUGACAUCGUUUUAUAACAACUCUAGUUGUACACACUCGUUUCACCUCCGUGUGCCAUACGGCAACGCUAAAGCCACAUGUCAGGAAAUCGGUUCAAUUCAUUAUGAAGUGUUGCCAUUUUUUGUGUCGCUCCUACGAAUGAAAGAGGGUGAAAAAUCGAAUGAGCAAAUAUGCAAAUUUCCAUAUCACACGGCAACUGUGUCAAUCUUUGAACUAUGUGUCCGCCAUUCGAUCAAUUGAUUCAACAUAAAAUAACACUCAAUCAAAUACUAAUGCUGAUACAUAUUUCGAAUACGUUUCGUAUGCACUGCACUCAUCAUCAUUCAUCUGCGCCUCUCUUCAUCUUCAGCCAAUAUGCGGUUCGGAGACACG